AUGUCCAGGCGUAAACAGGCCAAGCCGCGCGCCUGCUUGAAACUUGGCGAAAAGGAGGAUGAAAAUGGCGGCGAGACAACAAAAACGCCCAAAGCCUCGGAUUUGCUAGAGCCCAAAGAGGAGCUGCUGAGCGCCGACGAAGAGGAGGAGGAGGAAGAUGAAGCAGACGCAGAGCCGAGCCAGCACAUGACAGAGGCAGCUGAUGCAGACGAAGCCGACGAGGAUAUGGACGAGGAUGCGGAUGAGGAUGAGCUGGCGGAUGAUUUGCUUAGCCUCAGCGGCGAUGAGGACUACGACGAUGACGAGGAGCUGCACAGUCUGGACAGUUUCUAUUCCGACAUAUUCGACUCUAACAAGCAGCAGCAAUUUCUCACAGUGUACACACUUAGUUAA